UCACAUUCUCUCCUAAAAGCUGAUCUCAGAUCUGCCGGUAACACUUUCAUCGCUGCUUCUUGUUCCGGCCAAUAAGGCGCGAAGUUACUCAGCCCAGGUAGUGUUGCCGUGGUCAUAUAUUCGGCUACACGUGGGAAUUUGUCUUUUCAAACUUGCACAGGAUCUUUCAUACGGCGAAAAACAAUGGCAGAAAAACCGAUGUGGGAACAAAUCGGCAGUGGAUUCGUGCAACACUAUUAUCAGCAGUUUGAUACAGACCGCGUGAAACUCGCCGACCUGUAUACCGAUGCUUCCUGUUUGACAUGGGAAGGAGAGGGAUUUCAAGGGAAGAAUGCAAUCAUGACCAAAUUAAGUAGCCUUCCCUUUCAGACCAUUCAGCACAUCAUCACGGCUCAGGACCAUCACCCCACUCCAGACAGCUGUGUCAUGAGCAUGGUCAUGGGCCAGCUGAAAGCUGAUCAGGAUCAAGUUAUGGGCUUUCAGCAAGUCUUCUUGCUGAAGAAUGUAGAUAACAAAUGGGUCUGCACCAACGACAUGUUCCGAUUAGCUCUUCAUAACUUUGGAGCAUAGUAUGUAUAGUAUUUACAGUCCAUGCAACUUUUGUAUCUGGAGUAUGGUUUCCCAUUUCACACUCCAAACUUAUUUCGUCCUAUUUUGCCAAGGAUCUUGAAGGUUCACGAUCAUCUCCAGAUAAGAAAAAGACAUGUUAAAACAACUGAUUAUAAUAAUCAUAAUUUGUAUGUUGUGGCAUGCACUGUUUGAAAAUAACUUGAGUUUGAUAAUAAAUCUCAGGUUAGUACGAUCCAUCUUUGAUUUCCUAU